UCCUCUGUCUUUGAAGGGCAUGGGUGAGUUCCCUGUCCAUGGGAAUGAUCUUCUUCUGUUCUCCCAUAGUCAGUAUAUUUACCAAUAUAUUUGGCUGCCGAAAAGUAGCUGUUGUUGGAGCAGCUGUGGCAUUCAUUGGGCUCCUUUCAAGCUCAUUUGUAAGCUAAAACAUGUGAAAGAACGGAUUGGUGAUGAUGUUCAAGAUGAAACGCUCUUGCUUUGCCUUGGCUUGACUUCAGGAGCUGGCCGAUUGAUCUUUGGGAGAAUUGCAGAUUAUGUUCCCGGUGCAAAAAAGAUUUAUCUACAGGUGAUCUCAUUUUUCUUCAUUGGCCUGAUGUCUAUGAUGAUUCCACUAUGCUAUUCCUUUGGAAGUCUCAUUGCGGUCUGCCUCUUCAUGGGUAUCUUUGAUGGCUGCUUUAUUUGCAUUAUGGCACCUAUUGCUUUUGAGCUAGUUGGUGCAAAGGAUGUUUCUCAGGCAAUUGGAUUCCUCUUGGGUUUUAUGUCUAUACCAAUGACAGUUGGUCCACCUGUUGCAGGUAUACUGCGAGAUUACCUAGGUACUUAUGAUGUAGCAUUCUACCUAGCAGGAAUUCCCCCUAUUGUUGGAGGAGUUGUGCUGUGUUUCAUUCCUUGGGUGCAUGCAAAAGAGAAAGCCAAAGAACAAGCUAGACCUGUAAAUGGAGAAACUAUGGAGAAAAUGUUGGAAAUCAGAAAUGCAGCCAUGUUGGACUCAGCUGAAAAAAACAGCAAAGAAUUUGAAACUGUUAUUUAAUUGUUCAUAUGUUUUUUCU